UGGACUAGGAGCUGAGACAAGGACAAGACUCCCCGUCCAACAUGGGAUGCUGCAGUGUGACCCAGAGGCAUACUGGAGUGGAUGAGGUGGGCCCCGACGAGAUCGAGCUCCUGGAACUCUCUGGAGACAAUUUAGGGGUGUGGAGUCUGGGAGAAACCAGGCUUCAGCUGACAGUGAGGAGCAGCAGAGAUGAGCAGCAGCCGCUACCGCCACCACCUCCACCACCGCGAUACCCUUCAAUGCGACACUUGGAACAAGAGGUGGCGCUGUGGGGCCGGAGCAGAGACGAGCUGUGCCACAGGAUCUACUCCCAGCAGCCAAUCAGAGGCUGGGAGGGUCAACCUGCCCACAUGUAUGGAGAGGUGAUCCACUCCUCCCUGGCAUCUCUCUACAACAAAUACACACAGGAAAUCAGCGAACACUUCCUGGUGUUGUUUUCAUUUCACCUGCUGAUCCUCUCUGUGGACCAUGCUCGACAGGACUUCAUCUAUCAGGGCAUCCUCCCUCUCUCCGGACUCACCUUCCAGGCCGUCUCCUUGGACCCUGACACGUCACAUUCACCGCACAUGUUUGAGAUCAGCGGUCCAAUGGUGGAUUCCAAGGUGUUCAUAUGUGCCAGCGCUGCAGAGCUGCAGAAAUGGAUGCAGCAAGCAGAAGACAGGCGAUACAAGUCGAUUACACAACCCAUGAGCCCCUCUCACUGCGCCCUCUCCUACCUGUUACCGUGUGAUGUGCGCUGGAAAAGAGAAGAGCUGCUUGAAUACUUACUACAAGCUCCAAUAUGGCAGUGGGAGGGUUUGCCCAUUCAACACAUGGGUCAGCCAGGAUACAUAUCCCUCGUCCAUAUAAUCAACUCACAGAGACAGGGACGCCAGGAGAGACUGAUGGUUCUCUUCCCUCAAGACGUCGUGCUGCUGUCCUUGGACAAUAAGCGUCUGAACAUAACAUACGAGGGCAGGUUGCCCCGACAUGGCAUCAGAGCCGUAGAGCGGUCAACCCUGUCCGGACGGCUGGAGUUUGAGCUGAUAGGUGAGCUGGUGGACCCCUUGCAAGUUUCAUGCACCUGCUUGGAGGAUUAUCAGAACUGGAUUUUUCACUUACAACAGCCAGACAGAAGCAGCAUCCCUGCGAGUCAGGCUGCUCCUCCAAUCGUGCCAAAGCUGCAGAGGAGCAGGAAGGAGUCCCAGGAGCCGAUGAUUCUUGCCGACCAAUGUCAAAUCAAUGGACGCAGCUGACUCAUCAGAAAGCUUGAAAUUUUCCUGUAAUUACAAAAUAUAAAACUGUGUAGAUAGCAUGUACAUAUUACUUUUAUGUCUAAUUGUGCCACAAAAUGGAGACACAGCAGUGAAAAGGUUCUGAAAUGUGAUAUAUUUGGGUGAUUUCAUCUCUCUGAGAGACUGAAGAGAUACUUUUAGUUCUUCUUUCAUGUGGGGACAAACUGAAACAAGGCCAUGACCUAGAUUAAGAGCAGAUCACAGCUGAGGAAAUGUUAGAUGAAGAGAUUGUAGAGCUGUAGAGGAACAGACUGUACAUACAGGCAUACACAUGAUAGUUUACCUUUUCAGAAUAAACUGUUUAAAAGUGGGGUUAGAGAAAAUCAUUAUUUCAACACAAAAUAAAAUGGAAGAAUCAGUUUUUAUUUCAGUGGUUAAACAUUUACAGUAGUGUGGAGAAAUCCAGUAAACAUCCAGUGUAUUACAGUAUUUAUAUUCAUCAUGGUAUUAGAAAUUACUCUGACUGCAACGUUUAUAGAUAUGGAAUGUCAUAAUAUCUGUUACAUCUUUUUUUCAUAUAAAUUAUCUUCAAAAAAAAAGUAAAUGAACCAUUUUCUACGCUUUAUACAUGAAGCCAUCUACAGUAAAAUUCAAUUUACAUCAGAAUCUCCUUAGAGAACAACCAGCUAGAGGAGUAUAAAUACACAUGCUGCAACAGCAACCACUUAAAUUACAACUAACAACUUAGAUAUAGAAAAAAAAAGUAGGGUUACAAACAUUUCAUGUGCCACUGGUCGAGUUUUUGAAUGUUGAUUAUAGUGGUUCAUUAACAACAGGUCUCAGCUCAGUUACACUGUGCUAUUGAUCAUCUGGGGAUUUCUACAUUUAACGAGGGGAAUGGUGUGAAUGACGUCGGCCUCAAUAUGAAUCAGUGCUUUUUGUAAAACUGCAUUAUUUUAUUCUGUAUUAUUAGUGUAAUACAAUAAUGUCGAGCUUUCAUUCAACUGGUGCUAAACUGGGGCUUGUCAAAGUUUUAUAAUUAGUACAUUUGAAGAUAAAUUUGCAUAUUUACCACACAGGUGGGUAACGUUAAUGCGUUCCAAGGUAAAUUUGGUAUUUUUUUUCCACUUCCCAGUUUUAAAGGGCAAAGCUAGAGUCAGUUUAUUUACUUUUACUGUCAACAAAUGCCAUGAAAAGAUCAAAACCUACAAUGUGUAAGUUCAUUUCUUCACUUUCCAAUGUACGUUUCAGCCCCAAACUCAUUUGUUCCUACUGAAGGUGUAAGGUCUUUAAAAACAGACACGUCACAAACAUAAAGUUUAAUUUAUUUUAACAAAAAAUCUCUAUAAUAUCCAGUAUCUGGACACUAGGACUGCACGAUACGAAAAAAACUCAUAUUGUGAUUUUUGUGAAGAUAUUGUGAUUGUGAUCUGAGUCAUGAUUUCAGUUGGAAUUUUUAGUUUUUGUAAAAAUGUAAAAAUGCUGGUGAUGUGAUUUUUGUUGGUCUUGUACAAAACAAACAUUUUUCCUUUACAUCUGGAGAAUAUGAUUUGUAGGUUGUGGAGUCUCUGUAGCACCACAACACUGAUGGUAAUAACAAUGCACAACAAUGUGACACAUUUUACCUUUAUCAGAAGAACUCCUGCAAUUUGGAUAUUGCACUUUGCCAAAUUGUGAUUUCAAUUAUAUUUGGAUUAGUUGUGCAGCCUAAACUGGGAACUGUAGUUCUUAGCAAAUGUUACUCAAACAGGAGUGAACUGUGAAACUGUCAAGGACUAGUUUCAGCGGUGGAUUAAUACACAUUAGAUGCUCUAGUCCAGUGGUUCCCAACCUUUUCCAACUCAUGGCACCACUUCUGACUCGGUAACUUUUUAUUUUAAAGGUAAUGAUCAAACAUUUAGGACUGAACUGAAAACAGGAUAAUACUGUUUUAAAAUAUUUAAAAACUGUAUUUAUAUUUUCAUUUAUUUAUCCAUUUAUUUAUGAUUACAUCUUUUCACCAAAAUUGUUCUGUUUUGCAAAUGAAUUUUUCGGGCCACUUGCAAUACCUUCAGCGCCCACCAGUGGGCCCUGGACCACAGGUUGGGAACUGCUGCUCUAGUCAGUAUUUACAGCAGCAGGAUGUGUGAGUGGAUUUCACUAUGGAACAGAGGAAUAAGCACCAUUAAGCUGCGACAGACAAAACAUGUAGGCUCUGGUCUGUUCAUGGACUUUGUUGACGAUAAUAAAAAUACAGAAUAUA